GUCUGUGCUUUGGUCUUAGGAGAGGCAGACGGUGCUUACAUCGGCAUUAAUCGUCGCAGUUUACCUUCGUCGUUAUCAUUGAAUACGUUGAUAUCAAAUACCAGCUCUCCUUCGUGCAACUUCCACGUUUCUUUCAAAAAUGGAUUUUCGUCCCGUUCUGGUUUCAAUCUUUCUAAUUUUUUAUGUGACCUCCGUUCAAUCGACAGAUAAUGGCUCUUCGAAGAAGAACUCGGGCAGAGUUCAACGUAGUUCGAAUAUAUUGAACGUUCUUUUCUUGCAACCAUCAAAUGGCAACCAAAAUAGAAAUUUAUUCUUGCCCAACGGUUUUCCAUCAGAACCUUUCACUGUAGUCCUCCCUGAUAAUUAUCGAAUUAUCGAUUUACCUAAUCCUUCGUCCUUGUCAAAUGGUUUUACAUCACAGGCUUCCAAUAAAGUUUUUCCUAACUAUGAUCAUUUUCGUAAUAGUAAUAGGAAUCCUUUAGUUUUGUCGAAUGGCUUUGUAUCCCAAACUUCCGAUAUAGUCUUUCCUCAUAGUAAUUAUAAUUUUUUUUAUAACAGUAAUAGUAAUAGAAAUCCUUUACACAGUUUACCAAGACCUGUGGUACAGGAACCUUACGCACCACGACCAUAUUAUUAUACAUCGACACCUACAUUAGUAUCUAAUACACCAAUAUUUAACACAUCAAUACCACUUAAUAAUAAUUUUACAUCUUACACUUAUUCUACUCCUAAUACUCCUCCAAGCUCAUAUCUACCAGUUAAUACAUCUGUUCCACUUGAUAAUAAUUUUACAUCUCAUACCUCUACUCUUGAAACUUCUCCAAUUUUACGUAAAGCAAUGUUUAAUACAUCAGUAUCACUUAAUAACAAUUUUACAUCUGAUAAUUCUACUCUUGAAACUUCUCCAAUUUUACAUAAAGCAAUGUUUAAUACAUCAAUAUCACUUAAUAACAAUUUUACAACACUUGAUAAUUCUACUCCUGAAACUUUUUCAAUCUCACCCUCAUCAUCGUCGGAUGAUCUAUCAUCCAGUAACAUUAGGACAGUGAGAAGAAUAUCAGAACUUAAGUGUGACGAAUAUGUGGACGAAAUUGUGGGCAAUACCACGGAAUCAUUUGAGCAUGAGUUUGAAUUUUUGAACAAUAUCAGUACAUGCGAGACUAAAUACAGUUUAAGUACCGUCGGAAUCACGGUGGUUGGUGGCGUCCCGGCUCGGAGAGGCGAGUUUCCUCACAUGGUCGCUCUGGGUAGAUUCAAUUCUGACAAGUUCAUUCUGAUGUGCGGUGGCACGCUGAUUUCACAUACUUGGAUACUUUCCGCUGCGCAUUGCACUCAUGGGCCAAAUGGCGGUCCAACUCACGCAAGAAUAGGUAUUCACAACUUAACAGAUCAGAUAGGCAUGAGGGUUGCUAUUAAAAAUAUUACAAGACAUCCAGAUUACAAACCACCCAUAUUAUAUGCCGACAUAGCUCUGAUACAACUAAUGAACGAUGUCACGUUUGAUUCAUCCAUACGACCUGCGUGUCUGUUUCAACAACACGAUACCGUGCCUGAAGAAGCUUGGAUUAGCGGCUGGGGUAUCACUGAAUUUUAUGGAGAAAUAAGCGAUGAAUUGCAAAAGGUUAAAUUGGAUCUGAUAGAAAAUUCGUUAUGUUCAACAAAAUACAACAAUUCUGUACAAGUUCCACACGGCAUCACAUUGAAUAUGCUUUGUGCUGGCGAUUCUAUCAGCGACUGGAGCAAAGACUCUUGUCAAGGAGAUUCCGGUGGUCCUCUGCAAAUACUAUAUCCUGAUAAACCUUGUAUCUACCAAGUAAUGGGUAUCACCAGCUUCGGUAUAGGCUGCGCCGUAUCCGAAAUCCCUGGUAUUUAUACUAAAGUGUCCCACUAUCUCCCAUGGAUCGAAGAGCAUGUCUGGCCGCAAGGACAAUAAUCGCAAUUUAUUCGACUUUUACGAAAAUUGAACAGUCUGUGAUUCUGACUAGAAUAUUGGAACGUAAGAGAAUUCACAAGAAGACAUGAAUUAUAAAAUGAAUUAUAAAAUGUUAGACUGACGUAAAACUUCAGAACUUUAAAGAAAAAUCAAGAGAUUUUGCUAUCAUGAAUAGUUCGCCAUGUAAGUCCAUCGCCGUAAGGGCCAUGGAUCGAUGGAAAUAAAAUAUACCACCAGCUCCUGCAACAACAAAUAUUUAAAUACAUUAUAAAGAUAUAAUUAUAACAUUAGACUAUAAUAUAAGAGGAAAAUAAUGUUGGAAUCUUUUUAUAACAAUAAUGCAAAAAUAAUAAUAUAUUUAAGUGUUAAUAU